AUGGAAGUCGUCCCGGGAUUCUUGGUACAGACGGGUGACCGCACGGGCACGGGAAAUGGCGGGGGAUCAUUCUUUGGAGAACCGUUCGAGAGCGAACCCCAUCCACGUCUCCGAUGGACCCACCGCGGCCUCGUAGGCUGCGCAAGCGGGGAAGGAACCAACACGAACGACUCGCAGUUCUUUAUCACACUCGAUAGGGCGGAUGAACUGCAAGGGAAGAACACGCUGUUUGGUCGGGUAGUGGGGGAUACGACCUACAAUGUGCUCAAGAUCGGACAACUCGAGAUCGACAGCACCGGCCGGCCCACCUACCCGCCAAAGAUAAACACGAUCAAAGUCCUCUCCAAUCCUUUCGAUGACAUCGUACCACGCAUCACGGCUGCAGAGCGGGAAGCGCAAGCACGCGCGAAGAAGGAAGCAGUAAGGGCAAGAGAAGAGGAGAACAGGAGGAAGACGGCGAAGAAGGAUACCAAGUUGUUGUCUUUCGGUGCGGACGCAGAGGAGCCACCCAGCUUUAAGAAAAAGGUCAUCGCCCGGCCUGACUUGAUAGAAGACCCCUCCUCAACACAACAGCUCGCCAUGCUUACCGGUCCAUUUUCCACCACAUCCAAACCAAAAACAGCCCCUCAACCGGCAGAAGAGGCAGACAAGCUGAGCUUGCCGAGCAAGCCCAACGCGGACGGGAAGGGGAAAGGGAAGAGGGAUAGGGAAGUUGAGGAAGAAGUUGACGUGCUCAACAUCCGGGCGAAACACGCAAAGGACCAAGCGGCAAAACGGGAAGCACGCUCAGCCGAAGUACUCGCUCUCGAACGCAGCGUCCUCAGUCUCACGCGGAAACGUUCCCGUUCCCCCACCCCUCCGCACUCCAAGAAACCGAAAGGUCCCUCAGCGCUCGAGCAGGAACUGGCAAAGUACGAGUCGCACAGGGGUAUGGGAGGACUGAAUGUCAAACGUGUGGGGAAGGGGAGGAGGGAGGAGGGGGAGAUGUUGAAGAGGUUGGAAAGGUUUCAGGGGAGGUUACAUGCGUUUUUGCCUGAGGAUGCUGGGCAGGAAGCAGCGGAUGAGGUGCCUGCAGGAGAGAAGGCGCCUGCCCCGCCAGCAGAGGAUGAAGACUCGGGGGAGGAGAUGGAUACGGAUAUUGCUUGGCUGGGGCAUGCCCUGCGGUUUGAAAAAGGGAACGAGGAGACAAGGAGGGCGGAGGCGGAGUACGAGGUUAUCGACCCACGCGCGAGGGCGAGGUGGGCGAAGGAGGAAAGGAGGGAGGAGAGGAGAAGAGGCGGCGGCGGCGGCGGGAGGAGGCGAUAG